AUGGCAAUUGGGCUUGUGCUAUCAACUAUUGGGAUGGGAGCAGCAGCAAUAUGUGAGAGGAAGAGGUUAGCAGUUGCUAAAGCCAAUGGUGGAUCAAAUCCUCUGCAUAUUAGUGUUUUCUUCUUCCUCCCACAGUUCAUUCUGGUGGGUUCUGCUAAUGCUUUCGUAUACACUGGCCAGCUUGAUUUCUUCAUAACCGAAUCGCCUAAAGGAAUGAAAACUAUGAGCACAGGCCUCUUCGUUAGCGCAUUGUCCUUUGGUUUCUUCUUUAGCAGUCUCUUGGUAUCGAUUGUGAAUAAGAAAGCUUAUGCGCUUUUCAUUCAGUCAAAAAACAUGAGCGCCAUCAUUCUCAUCUAA